AAAGUGGUGAGUGUACAUGAGCAGUGACAACCUUUUUCAGCAAAAUAAGGAACUAGAAGUGAUCAUCAGAGUUAGGCGAGUCAGGGAGGACACAGGAAGUCUCCUUGGGCUGUUUUGCAAGUCCAUGCUCUGUUACUGCCAGUAAGGAGUUUUUUUUGCACUUUAUAAACUGAUUUUGAAAAACAGGAACUGGCCUUUACUGACAAGAUGGGGGACGAGCAACAUAGAGAGCCUGUUGUUGAAGAUAUACAGGUGAAAGUGCUUUAUGAAACUGAAGCAUCAUCUGGGCCCGAUGAGAAAGCUGCCUACCCUCCUGCUGGAACUAACUCCAUCUACUCUGCCAUUCUGAGCCGAAACGAGGCUGUCAAGGAUGCCACGCGACUAAAGACCUUUUUGGAACUUCGAGACAAAUACGUGAAGAAGAAGGUGGUGUUUGAAGACCCCCUGUUUCCUGCAAAUGACUCCUCACUCUUUUACAGUCACAAACCCACCAUGAAGAUUGAGUGGAAACGUCCCUCGGAAAUAUGUGACGACCCCCAGUUCAUUGUAGAUGGAGCCAACAGGACAGACAUCUGUCAAGGAACAUUAGGUGACUGCUGGCUGCUCGCUGCCAUCGCCUGCCUCACUGUGAACGAGAAGCUGCUGUACAGAGUGAUCCCUCCCGACCAGAGCUUCACCGAAAACUACGCCGGCAUCUUCCAUUUCCAGUUGUGGCGUUAUGGAGAAUGGGUUGAUGUGGUGGUGGACGACCGUAUCCCCACCUGCAACAACCAACUGGUCUUCACCAAAUCUUUCAGGAAGAAUGAGUUCUGGAGUGCUCUUCUGGAAAAAGCUUAUGCCAAGUUGCACGGAUCGUAUGAAGCCCUUAAAGGGGGCAACACUUUGGAGGCCAUGGAGGAUUUCACCGGAGGGGUUACAGAGUUCUUUGAGUUGUCUGAAGCCCCCAAAGAGCUCUACAGCAUCAUGAGGAAGGCGCUGGACAGGGGCUCGCUGAUGGGCUGCUCCAUAGAUAUUACUUCAGCCGCUGAGAUGGAGUCUCGGACUGAACAGGGUCUGGUUAAAGGUCACGCUUACUCCAUCAUAGGCUUGGCAGAGUGUGACGAGGUGGCAAAAGACACCAAGAUUCGCCUGAUUCGCUUACGCAAUCCCUGGGGCUGGGUGCUGUGGAAAGGACCAUGGAGUGCAAAUUCAAAGGAAUGGUCGACCAUUUCCACGGCUGACAAGGAAAACCUAAAAAAACAAACUGUAGAGGAGAGUGAGUUCUGGAUGGCUUUUGAUGAAUUCAAGAAGAACUUCACAAAGCUGGAGAUGUGUAACCUGACUCCCGACACCUUGCAGUGUGAGGAGAGGACCAGUUGGACAGUGUCGGUCAACGAGGGUCGCUGGGUGCGUGGCAGCUCUGCGGGCGGCUGCAGGAACAACAAAAACACUUUCUGGACGAACCCUCAGUAUCGGUUGCAGCUGUCCGAGGAGGACGACGACCCCGAGGACCACCAGGCGGCCUGCACCGUGGUCGUGGCUCUGAUGCAGAAAGGUCGCAGGAUGCAGCGCCACCAAGGGGCCAAGUUCUUCACCAUCGGAUUUUCCAUCUACGAGGUGCCCAAGGAGAUGCUUGGACAGAAUCAACACCUGCAGAAGGACUUCUUCCUGUACAACGCCUCCAAAGCUAAAUGUAAGACCUACAUUAACCUGCGGGAGGUGACGGAGCGCAUCCAUCUUCCUCCAGGAGAGUACGUCAUCGUCCCCACCACCUUUGAAGCCCAUCAGGAGGGGGAGUUCAUCCUCAGGGUCUUCUCUGAGAAGCAGAACAUUACAGAGGAGGAGGAUAGCGUCGGGUCUGACAAAACACAGCAAGACACGAAAAAGAAGGAGAAGCCUAUUGUAUUUGUGUCAGACAGAGCAAAAGCCAACAAAGAAAUUGAGCAUGACGGCAUUCGGGGAGAGAAGAAGAAGAUGCCAAAGAUAAAUUUACUCCAAGAAGAGGAGGAGACUGAGGAGGAAAAACAGUUCAGAGCCAUUUACCAAAAGAUUUCUGGAGAUGACAUGCAGAUCUGCGCCAACGAACUCAAGACGGUCAUGAAGAACGUGCUCUCUAAACAUAAUGACAUAAAGACAGAGGGUUUCAGCCUUGAGACAUGUCGGAGUAUGAUCGCCUUGAUGGAUACUGAUGGUACGGGGAAGCUGAACCUGCAGGAGUUCAAACACUUGUGGAAAAAGAUCAAGGAGUGGCAGCUGAUCUUCAGAAAAUACGAUAAAGACAAAUCUUGCUCCAUCAGCAGUUUUGAGAUGAGGAACGCUGUUAAUGAUGCAGGGUUCCACCUGAACAAACAGCUGUAUGACAUCAUAGCCAUGCGCUACGCAGACGAACACCUCAACAUCGACUUCGACAGUUACAUCUGCUGCUUCGUGAGACUAGAGGGCAUGUUCAGAGCUUUUGACGCCUUUGACAAAGACGGAGAUGGAGUAAUAAAGCUCAAUGUCCUGGAGUGGCUUCAGCUGACCAUGUAUUCUUAAGUGACCUUCCUGAGCGCUGACACGUGGAGCUGAUGUUCAAUCAUGACUUCAUCUCUUCUUGCACAUACUUUUUGCGACAUCUAAAUCUUUGUCACAAAUCAGAUGUUUGAUUGCGAAUCAUAUCCGGAUUUGAUGUGGAAUUUAGAUUUCUCAGAUCAUUCAAACUAUGAUGGUGUCAAUGUUAUGUCACUUAUGUUAAGGUGUCAGCAUCAAUCAUGUUUUGGGCGGUGACGUUAAGAAUAUUUGGUUUGUAAACUUUGGGUAUCAUGUUUGAAUAUGAGAACCAAAAUGUAACCUUUUGUAUGACAGCAUUUUUAGAGAAUAUAUAAUGUUUUCAAAAAAGCAGAGGAACAUUUUCUAGAUUAUAUAUUUGUUUUUGCUGUACACAUACAGUAGGUAUGACACUCAAAUACACACUGUACAGUGGACAGUAUAACAUAGAAACAUGAAGGCAUGACUUUAAAAACGGCUUUCUUAGAAGGUACUCUCUGGUCAGUUUGGUCUUACAACUUUCACCACCACUUCUUCCAUUGCCAAAAACAAAAGUUCUUAAACAUAUGAAGGGAUACAGGGGACAAGCACGAUGCCUACCGUUCAUCUCUGAAAUGUAACAAUGUAAAAGUGAUCAAAUGAUAGAUGGUGUAUAUAUGUAAUUAAGCAUAAGACAACAGUCUGAGUCAGGAAGUCAUUAUGGAGAAAUUGUUACAGGAAAAUACCUUCAUAUCAAAUUGUAUUAUCGCUAAUACAGUAGGAUCGGGUUGCUAAAUAUUAGCCCUAGGUUUCGGAGGUGUUUCAGCCAAUGCAGCAGAGUUGUAGAAAUGCUUGUAAAAUGUAGCUUUGUAUUUACUAAUGACAUUUCUGUUUCUGAGAAAGGUAGCUGUAUAAAAUAGUCACGAAUUCACAGUUUAUAAAAAAAAAAACAUUAAUGAGGCCUUUUACACUCAUAACUGAUAAUAAAUGUAAUCAUUCAGGGAUCAACGACAAGCGGACUGUCACAGAGACCCCAGAGCACACACAAAACCAAAGAGAUGUGAAUAGUACUUUACAGCUAGAGAAAUAACAGAAAAUUACCUCCCAUUUGAAUUAACAGAAAGAUUAACCCAAAACCCUGAAAAUAACUUUGAAACCAAGGCUUCAGCUAAGUACUGUAACGCAUGGGACUCCAACCGUAUAUGCUGAGUCUCUUCAGCUUCACCGCUGUUGCUACACCUCACUGUCUUUCUCCACGUGGCUCUGCAUGUGUUCAGGAAGCUUCUGCAGAGAAAAUACAAGCAAGACAAAAAACGCCUCUUAUACUGUUUUCUGUUCAUAUUAUCACGAUUCAGACUCUCACACAUUACUCAGCUAAUACUUCACUCACACAGAAUUACACAGGGUCGGUGCAUUACCUCUCUAACAGCCUGCUGUGUGCCAAAAAACGAGCUGCAGCCUCUCCAGCGACACUUGAUCGCCUGCAGGUUUGGGUUGCUGUGUUUGAGGAGGUGCUCAGAGAGAUGCUCCGCCAUGCCGAAGAUCAGAGUGCAGUUAUACCACUGUACAGAGGGCAAAGGUCACAGAGACACAUGUUAAGAUGCAUUUAGAAAUGGUAUAUUCAUUCAAUAUCUUGUGGAAUAUGUCUCUUGGAAUUGGGUCAGAGUAAAGGCACUGAUUACGUUAUGUUUCAUCCGACUUAAAAUCUCUGAAUGCUUUAUGUAUAAUGAGUUUGAGUCGUUACCCAGCAGCGGUAGUUCUUCAUCAAGUUGAGCUUCACAGCUUGGAUGGAGCCAUCAUAACAGCCCGUGUAGAUCUGAGUGGGACAGAUAUUUCAACAGUAUCAUGAAUCAACCUCUGUCAUGCAAGUAAGGAUUCUAAAUGAUGGCUGGGCAAGUUCAAUUCCACGUACCACACUCUUAUGUACGACCAUGCACAUCACCAUGUCACUGUGACCCCCGUACACCUGCAGGCGGUCAUGGGACUGUGAAGACACAAAUACAGAAGUUAAUCUAAUAAUAUAUAGUUAUUCACCAGAAACAUAAGGAAACAGAUGACUAAGAUUUUUUUUAAAACUAGAUUUUUUAAAAGGUUUUUCAAAUAGGGACUGGUUUUCUUUCAUUUGUAAUGGUACAAAUGAAAACUAUAAGCAGUCCAAUUGUGAUUUGUAAAGGAGACAAAGCUUGUUUUGAGUAUUAUGCAAGGAUGGAGAAGCAAAAGAAAGACUUAUACAAAUGGUCUUCUUUUGAACUGAGGUCUGAAGUUAAAAAAUCUAAUACCUUUGUUUUUGAUUAACUUUUAAAUACACGUGCCACUCAUUAAAAAAGUAUUGUCUAAACAUUAUUGUAAACUUAAGUUGUAAAUACUCUACCUGCAACUCAUAAAUUCGGACCAUCUUAUCCAGAGAGGCUGUCACCAUCACUUUCCCCAGGAUGACUAUCGAUGUGACGGCAUGAUUGUGACCUUUGUAGAUUCGGACCAACUCACCCGUCUGCAAAUAAAGAGGGAGAAUACAAUAACGUUGACAGUGAAUGAAUGAAGUUAAACAGAAACGACCUUUAACGCAAACCCAGGGAGUCACUGUGCUUAAAUUAAAAGGUUAAUGUUUCAAGAUUAAGAAAGCAACUAAACUAAAGCAUGUUUUAUAUUUUUGUCUCAGUAACUUCCAAGACUCAUGACAUUUUCUGUUUAUUACAUUUCUGUUGUUAAAACGCAUCAACACGUAGUGCAAGUGCCCGUCCUUUUCGUAUUCAGAGAUAGUUAAACUCAUGGAAAUAUAUUUGACACUCACGUGGAUGUUGUGAGCAUGAACCGAUUUGUCAGUGGAGCCGCUGAAGACCAGGUCGUUCACCACCUGAAAACAAGUAAAUCAGUACAAUUGAUGUACAAGUGAUAUUUUCUUUACUAAAAUGUCCUCUGCAAACACAUAGUACUACUGACCCUUUUUAUACAAAUGUCAGUCGCAAUUUAGAAUCAUUUAGUGUCCUUAUCCAAACAAAGAUCAUCAUCAUGUUAAUAUACUUUCACUUUUAAUACUAAAAAACCUGGCUGCUAUAACACUAUUUAAUACAUGCUACACUUAUUGUUUUUAAAUACUGGUACUGGAUGUGUAAUUGUGCAUGCUUCUUAGUUAAUAUUAAGCUAUUUUUGGAUCUUUACUUUGGGCUGUAACAAUGUAAAUGUCCCCUUUGUGGGACGAAUAAAGGUGUUCUGAUUUUAAA